ACCGCGGCGCGGGGGGAGACCGGCGGCUCCUCUCUGCCGCUGCCGGAGCCUGCGACUUAAAUAGAGGCUGUGUUUUGUCAACAGCUCAUUCUGCUGGCCGGCAGGUUGGCUGGCUUAAGGACUGAGCAGCGGGUGCCUCAUGUGACUGCCCAGUUCAGCAUUCAGCUCUCCUGUACUGAAGACUAAGCUCCUGCAGUUGGGCUCCUGCUAACAGUGCAAAUAACUGACCAGCUGGUUGGAAGAUGACGUUUACUCCUGCUUAAAGCUGCUAUUCCUAAAACAAACAGUAGAAGAAUGUGGAAGAACUCAAGCCUCCGCUGCCUUUUAGCACUCGCUAUUUUAUGCCUAAGCUUAGUAUAUAGCCAAGAGAUAGGCUCUCUAGGGGACCCUCAGAAUUUGAAAUGUGUAACGCACAAUUUACAGGAAAUGGUCUGUACUUGGGAUGUGUCUUCUAGAGGAAGACGUGGACAAASUGACUUCUGCUACACUACCAAUGACCUUACCCCUCAAGUGUGUUUUAAAACUAAGGAGAGAAGGGUUGAGAUUCCACUCSCAGAGAGCUCCAGCAGAGUGACAAUCAAAAGCUCUGGAACUUCUUUUCCUACCAAAGAAUUCGUGAUUCACGAGAAAGACAUCUCCUUUGUUCCUGUCACUCCACGCAUUCUUAGUUUAACGCCUGACUUUUCAACUUCCACAUUAAAUCUGAAGUGGAGUGAUAAUGGAUCAGUCUUCCCAUAUGGACUGGAUGCCCUUUGGCAAAUUCAGAUACUCCGAAAAGAAACAAUGGAAGAAGUCACAAAAGUUACUUACUACUCAAAACUGACUCAUGAAGACGUCAUUCUUUCUUGGAACUGGACAUCAGAUAUGCCUUUGGAGUGCACAUCACACUAUGUGAAGAUUCGCUUUUACAUAAAUGCAACACAGUUUCUUGGCCCCAAGGAUUGGAGUGACUGGAGCCCAGCAGAAGUCAUCCCUGGAAAAGAUAGCGAGCCCGGUGGGAGUGGUGUGUUUCCUCUGGACACUGUGGUGGCAGUAGGUUCAGAUGUGACAUUUUGUUGUGUCCAUGAAGAAGAUCAGCACAUAACAAAUAUGACUUAUGGGUCAAAACCCUACAAAAUGAUACAGCUGAGCAGUCGGAGCCAUGCCAUCAGAGUGCUAAAUGCCAGUGCUUCAGAUACCAGCGGGACAAAUGUAGUGUGCCACCUCGAAAAUGGGAUGGAUGGAACUGUCGUGUUUGUAGGAUAUGCUCCUGAUAUUCCUCAAAACCUCAGCUGUGAAACAUCCAAUUUUUUUAUAAUAAAAUGCACCUGGAAACCAGGCAGACCCAGUGGACUAUAUGGAGAACGAAAAACAAAGUACAGUUUAUUUGAAAGGAUGUCUGGUAAAAAUGUUUCAUGCGAAGUCAAUGAAAUGAAUAGAGACCGUACCUGCAGCUUUCCAGUACAGCCUGAUCAAAAAACCUAUGAUUUCAUAUUAGGUGUGUCCAAUCCUAUCGGGCAAGCACAGUCAUCUAUUUUGGUUGAUAUAACUCGGAGAGUUCAUCCAAAAACCCCAGAAAAGUUAUCUGUUACUGGGAACAACUCUACAARCAUCCAGAUGCGUUGGUUUCUAAAUGGCAGUUUUGCUGGGAUCAGGCUUCUGUGUCAAAUUGAAGUCAGCAGUGGUCACUCUGGGAAAAAACUGCACAAUGUCUCCAUGCCUGGUGGGAAAUCCUCAACUUACACAGCUCAGGUGAAGUCAUUGCGUCCAUACACCAAAUACCAGUUCAGGGUACGCUGCUCAUCUGCUGACCACUUCUGGAAGUGGAGUGACUGGAGCAGGGGACUGGAGCAGACAACAGCAGAAGCCCCUCCUGCAAGAGGACCAGAUAUCUGGAGAGAGAGAAGUCCUUCUGGAGAAAGUCUAAAAGUCUUCUGGAAGCCCUUAUCCAUUUCUGAAGCCAAUGGAAAAAUAGUGUCUCAUGAAGUGUCCUGCUACCUGCUAGAGACAUUACUGGAGUAUAAAGUAGUCCCUGAACCCUCAAACAGUACUGAGAUAAAACUUGGAAAAAGUGAUUGUGUAAUUAGUGUCAUAGCCAAAAACAGUGCGGGACCAUCUCCCCCUUCAAGGAUAACAAGCAUGGAACUUCCAAGUGACAAUGUCACAACAGAUCAGGCCRUGGCAAUGGGGAAUGGCAUUAAUAUUUCUUGGGAUUCUUACCCCRACAUGACCUGUGGCUACAUAGUAAAAUGGUGUCGUUCAUCUGGGUCUGAACCCUGUAGUGUGGACUGGCAGAAAUUUCCCUCAAAUGCAACAAAUGCAGUGAUAAAAUCUGCUCUCUUCAAACCUGGCGUGAGAUACAACUUUUCCCUGUAUGGCUGCAAAUCCACUGGAUAUCAGUUGUUGAAAAACGUAACAGGGUAUAUGAAAGAGCUGCCUCCAAAAACUGCACCAAAUUUUACUGUUGAAGAAACUUCUUCAGAUUCUAUAUUGGUAAAAUGGGAAGACAUUCCUAUUGAAGAAUGCAGAGGAUUUUUAAAAGGAUAUCUUCUUUCCUUUGCAAAAGGCGAAAAAGAUGCUUUAAAGCCUAGACUUUCAGAAUCAGGGAAUCCAGAGCUUAAAGUUAACAAUAUCACYGACUUAACAAAGAAGUCUAUGAAAAUACUUGAUCUUCAAGGCAAAACGAGUUACCAGCUGGAGCUACAAGCCUACACUGCUGGUGGAUUGAGCCCUCCAAACAGCMUUUAUGUGGUGACAAAGGAGGACUCUGUAGGAUUAAUCAUUGCAAUUCUCAUCCCUGUGGCAGUGGUGGUGCUGCUUGGAGUGCUGGCCAGCAUCUUCUGCUACCGAAAGAGGGAAUGGAUUAAAGAAACAUUUUAUCCAGAAAUCCCAAAUCCUGAGAACAGUAAGGCACUGCAGUUYCAGAGGAACAUCUGUGAGGGGAAUAAGACACUCAAAACACUGGAAAUGAACCCAUGCACCCCCAACAGUGUUGAAGUGGUGGAAACACAGUCUACAGCUCCAAAGAUUGAAGACACAGAGAUGAUGUCCCCAGCAGCAGAAACCACUGUGCCUGAAGAUGGCUGUGACUCAGAAAUGGAGAACCACGUUGUUGUGUCCUACUGCCCCCCUAUCAUUGAAGAGGAGAUCUCAAAUCCCCCUACGGAUGAACCUGGGGGCUCAUCUCAGGUGGUUUACAUUGAUAUCCAGUCAAUGUAUCAGCCUCAAAUCAAACCAGAGGAGGAGCCAGAAAUAGACUUAGUGACUACAGCAGGCUAUAAGCCACAAAUGCAGCUGUCUAUCAGUGCUCUGAAAAUAGAGAGUCGUUCACCUGUGGAGGAAGAAUUGGAUAAAACAGGUUACAGACCUCAAGCAAACACAAAUGCCUGGAACACGGGCACUCCGGACUCUCCUGGAUCGGUUGAAAGCAACAACGAAAAUGCAUCUUUUGGGAGCCCAUGUUCAAUUAAUUCCCGACAGUUUCUGCUUCCCCCAAAAGAUGAUGAAGACUCUCCUAAACCCAUUAACACAGGGUGGUCCUUCACACAGUUUUUUCAGAACAAACCAAAUGAUUAACAGUGAGUCCUCAUUGCACGUGAACCUGCCUUCUGAAUAAGCUUUUAUUCCUGAUAUUGUAAAGAAAGGAAGAAGAAAAGUGUAAAAGGCAUGAAUUAUUCUUGGAGACAGUCAGCAGAAGUUCUAGUGAGCUGAGUGUUACCUUGUUUAAGUUAGUCAAAGUGUUAAUAUUCCAUUGUAGUAGAGGCCGAGAGGCAAAAACUAUAGCAAUUUAGUUACUACUCUAGUAAAAUAUAUUGGAUGUAAGGGGUAUUGAACUUAGAGCCCCUGAUAAUUAUAGUCAAAGAACUCUGCCUACCUUCACAUAGUGCUCCAAGAUUAACAUGGUCUCAUGCAAUUUAUAACUUGGAAAGAUUGCUUUGCUUUGUUGUAGUUGUUGUCAACCAUGCAGACUCAAAUGAUGCAGCGUCAACAGGUUUCCUUACUGAAGGUUUAAUUUAUCACAAAUCUCAGCCUAAGACAUGGAAACAAUGUGUUUGGAAACUGUUGAGAUCUUUUACCUAGUUAUAAAUGAAGAGCAAAUGAGAGUGCUAUUUUUUUUCUUCUCCUGUAUGGAAGGUUGUUGUCACUGUUUAACACUUACGAAGCAAUGGCCAUUCAAAUCUGUUGCUUUUUAACUAGACACUAAUUUCUGUACCUACUGUACAAUGUUUAUUAAAUGUUUGACUCAGGGGUACAAACAUGGGGAAAAAAAGUGUAACACUGAUUGAAACCUCAACAAGAACUGCAUAAAGUUUAAAACUUCAUUUUUUUU